UAGAAACUAGACUCGACGAUGCUGCGUGUGUGAUUACUAUGCUUCAGUACAGUUUUUAGUGAUUUAAAGGAUUAGAUAAUUUGUUGGAAGGAAUAUGGAUGUGAUGAUUUUUUCUCGGCUCGGAUAUAUCAUAGUAAUUGGGACUUUCCUUCUCAUGAUGUGGAUUUCCUUAAGCGGGGCCCGUGAAACUGAUUCCACGAUAUAUCCGUCGUGCCACUUUGGCGCUUUUUGUAGUUGUUCAAAAAGUGGUCCCGAUUUGGGAAUCGUGAGGUGUCACGACGUCCAUUUACCAAGAAUCCCAGAAGCAAUAAAUGUAUCGAAAGUGUUCAUGCUUCAUUUAGAAAAUAACAAUUUAAGGAGUAUAGAACCUUAUUUCCUUCAGAGUACAGGACUUUACAAAAUCAUCAUUAGCAAAAAUCCACUAAAUUUUAUCCCGGAUGAGACUUUUCUGGGUUUGGAAAGGUCUUUGUGGGAAUUAGACUUAAGCUACGAUCAACUUACACGUGUUCCAAAUCGAGCACUGAGAUAUUUGAGAAAACUCAUCCUUUUAGAUCUAAGCGGUAACAGUAUUGUUAAAAUCACUCCUGAUAACUGGAGAGGUCUUGAACAUUCUUUAAUAAAUUUAAUACUGACCGACAAUUCCAUAACCCAUUUACCAUCAGACGCCUUCUCGGGUUUGCAAAAAGUGGAAACUAUAAAUCUCAAAGGCAACAACUUAAAAGAAAUAGAUCCUUCUGUUUUCAGAGACGGAAUGGACAAGCUAGCAAAUCUUAUUCUUGCGGAUAAUCAACUAACAGCAAUACCUUACCAAGCACUUUCAUUUUUAAAAACUCUGAAAACUUUAGAUUUAAGUUAUAACAAAAUCAAUAAAAUGCAACCAACCACGGACGUGGGAGUGCAAAAUGUAAACUACAACUUCCAGUUUAAUUUGGAUUUGUUAAAGCUCGAUUACAAUCAAAUUACGGUACUGAGAACAGCUUCGUUCCAGUAUUUUAACGUCUUAAAUAAGACGUAUCUUGAUGGGAAUCCGCUUAGCAUCGUUGAGGAAAAUGCGUUCAGACCAGCGAAAAUCCAAGAGUUGUAUAUGCGACAUUGUGCUUUGAAGGAAAUUUCGCCUUUAGCAUUUUCCGGCUUAGAAAAUUGGUUGGAAAUUUUAGACUUAUCAGGAAAUCACAUAUCAGUCCUUCCGGAUGAAAUUUUCCACAGGUUUGAGGUGCUACGGACUCUUUCAAUUCGCGAUAACGCUUUAAUAAAAAUAGAUGCUGUACAGUCUCUGAAUGGUUUUCAGUUUUCUUUGUAUAGUCUAGAUUUGAGUGGGAGUGGAAAUACCGCUGUCGCCAUCCAGGAUCUAAGAAGACUUCGGAAUUUGAGAGCUCUAUUUUUAUCACGUCUUUCUCAAACGAGUCUAUCUCCGGAUGAUUUUCUUGAAUUUGGAGUUGAUUUAGAGGAGUUAGCAAUUGUUGACGGUGGGCUAAAAACCAUAAACGAUAACGCUUUUAGAUACGUGCGUGGGUUGAAAAAGUUGGAUUUGUCUGAUAAUAAAAUUACAAAAAUUGAAAACAAAGCCUUUGUGGAUAUUGGUGAAUCUUUGACAGUUUUGAAGUUGUCCGCUGGACUAGCAACUUCUCUUCAAAAUCUUCCAAGUGAUGCUUUUAAGAGUUUGCCUAAUUUAGAAGAGUUGAAUUUGGGUAACAACAGAAUCAAGAAUAUGCCAGAUACGUCCUUUCACUUCUUAAGAAAAUUAAAAGUGUUGUAUAUUCAAGACAACGUUAUUGAAGUUCUUCGUAAAGGAACUUUUCAAGGAGAUAUUCACGGUGAUUUAACCAGAUUAUAUUUUUCUUUCAAUAAUUUGAAAACUAUUCAACAACACACGUUUGCCGAUUUAUUCAAACUGGAGCAGAUUCAUUUGGACGAUAAUAAGAUCGAGUCACUAGAACGGCGAUCAUUUAUGAAUCUGAAGAAUUUGAAAAGGUUGAAUUUGAAAGGAAACAAACUAUCUUCCAUAGUUUACGAAACUUUCCAAAAUUUGCCAGAAUUGGAAGAUUUGGAUGUAUCUUACAAUAACUUAAACUCUUUAGAUUUUAGUAUGUUUGAUCAAGUAGGAUCUCUGGGGAUGUUUCACUUAAACGUUAGUCAUAACAAAUUAGAAAAAUUGGUUCUUAAUCCGUCGACGAAUUUCGAAGCUGAAUUAGUCUGCAUUUACUGUCUAGGCAUGGGUGGACUGCAAAACAUCAAAGUUCUAGACUUGUCGUUCAACAACAUCACUUUAAUUUCAAAACAGUUCUUCAAACUUGUAGAACUAUCACUAACUCACUUGUACUUAAGUAACAACAGAAUUCUGAAUGCCACUAAAGACGUAUUCGGACACAUGCCACAUCUACAAGUUCUUGAUUUGUCACACAACAGACUCUACGAACUAGAUUUUGACACCUUCAGGAACACGAAGAGGCUUCAAUUUCUUUAUGCAUCCCAGAACCGCAUCGCCGAAAUACCCAAUGACUUAUUCAGAUUUUUAACUAACUUAAGAAUCGUUGAUUUUUCUCACAAUAGAUUAAGGUUUUUGCCAGACAAUUUAUUUAGAGAAGCUGGUUUGGAACGCCUUGAUGUCUCUCACAAUUUACUUGGGAAAUUACCACUGACGAGUUUAUCGGUUGCCUCGGCUGAAACCCUGUGCGAAUUGGACUUGUCGUGGAAUGGGAUUUCUUCGUUGUCCCACGGAGGCCAGUUGUCCAGAUUUAGAAGUUUGUCUUGGCUGGAUUUAUCAUAUAAUCGUUUGGGACAAAUUGAUGGCGGUACUUUCAAAGGAGUACCAAGAUUGUCAAGUCUGAAUUUGGGACAUAACAGUCAGCUGACGCUAGAGGGCAAUGGUCUGAGUUUUCAAGGGUUGGAAUACACUCUGCUAAAUUUAAAUCUGGAUAAUGUAUCUUUGUCUCAAGUACCAACUAUGUCGACACCAAAUUUGCUCACGCUGUCUUUAGCACUUAAUUUUUUGCCAACGGUUUCUGCAGAAAUUGCAGGGAAUAUGUCUUCUCUUAGAUAUUUAAACUUGGAUUAUAACGAUUUGAGUGUAGUACCUAUAGUAACACAUUCUUUGACUGAGUUAAGGUACUUAUCGAUGGUUGGUAAUCCUAUCACGACUCUGAGUAACACUAGUCUUCUCGGGGUAGCAAAUCAGUUGGAAUACUUAGACAUAAGAAUGUUGAAUCUUAGUAUUUUAGAAAGCGGCGCCUUUUGCAAAAUGCACUCUUUACGAACUUUGAAAAUAGAUUUGUACCGUAACGUUAAAAACCUGAACAUUCCGAGAAUUCUUCAGUUCAACGAGAGAUUAAAAAAUUUGGAAAUUUUUAUUUCCAAAGAUGCAGAAAAUUUGGAAAGAGAAAUGUCAGGUUUAUGGCCAUCUAAGUUGUACAACUUGACUUUAACAGGGAAAGGGAUCAAGCGGUUAAGUACUAGCAUGUUCCAGGGUAUUCAAGUUCCCUUUUUUCACUUGCAUCUUCGUAACACGAGUCUCCCCAAGGUUUCAGUAGACAUUUUUGAAAAUAUGAUCAACGUUAGAAAUAUAAGUUUAGACGUGCGGAAUAAUCAGCUUUUGAAAAAUUUGCAAAAUCCAUCAACUGGACGAAAACUGAACCAACCACGAGCUACGUUUUUGACAGAUCUUAAAUUAAGUGAAAGCAAAUGGUCGUGUGAUUGUGAUUUAGGGUGGGUUGAAGUAUGGCAAAGGAAAAAGCGUCAGUACUUAUGCGGUAGCAGUCCGAGUGUUUCUACAUCAUUCUUUACUGAAGAAUACACCUGUAGACAUGCAGAUGAUGAUUUUAGAAACACUGUGUGUUCUAAUAAGAACAACAGGAGUUUAAUAGAUGUUUUAAAAGCCGAUAUUGAAUGCGGGUGGAGUAAAGCACCUCUGCAAAAUUUCGCGAUCUGGCUUAUGAUCUUAAGUCAGAUGAUACAGAAAAUUGUUUGAACAGAUAGUUACAAAUGAAUAACUUAAUUUAGAUUGUUUUAUUUGGUAGGUACAUAUACAGUCCCUGAGCAACUUAUCUAACAUCUAUACUUAAUAUUAUGUACAUAUGUAUAACUUAAGUCAUUUUAAUGUACUCAUGAAAACUAAUUUCAAUAAAGAAUCUUUCUCUGGU